GAACGCAUUUCACAAGGAUGAUUCGCGCGCGCACGUCGUUCACCGCAUGACAGACCGCGUGAAAUACAUGUCGAAGGUCGAAAGAGAGUUUGCGCGCGUUGACACGCGAAUAUAAUAGAGAAUUAGUGAAAAACGUGUCUGGUAUUUAUACUAGGAAGAAAAAAGAACCAAUAAAUAAUAUGUUUUCUAAUGAACGUAGAACGUUUUUUUGGGUUGGUUGUGCAUGUGUCGGAGCUUAUGUUGCUUACCGAUAUUGGAAAAAAAGAGAACUGAAGUCGAUCGACGAAGGUUUCGAUGAAGUUACUAAGAUCGAUGACAGUUAUGAAAGAAGGGUACUGUUACUUGGUUUAGAUGGUGCAGGUAAAACCUCUUUGAUGAAUCAAAUGUGUAUCAUCAAUGGUCAACCAGAACCUUAUAAAGCUCCUCCACUACCUACUCAAGGUUUUACUGUAUAUAGAUUAGAAAGUGGAUAUUAUACAUAUAAUGUUUGGGAAAUCGGAGGCGCUGAAAAUGAUAGAAAGUAUUGGUCUACCUUCUUACAAGAUACUGAUCUCUUGAUAUUUAUGGUAGAUGCAUCUGACACAAGUAAAUUAUCUCUUGCUGUUUCAACGCUUAAGCAAUUAUUAGGAGAUUCACGGAUGGAUACUGUACCAAUAUUAGUUAUUGCCAAUAAACAGGAUGCUUCUAAUGCACUAAGACCUGAUCAAGUAAAAGAAGCUUUAGAUUUACAAAGUAUUUCUCCACACAAACAUAAAGUAGAGGUGAUUGGGUGUCAAACGAGGCCUUUACCUGAUUUACACUCAGGAGCUACAGAAUAUACCUGGUAUCAUUUGUCUGUAAAUGCUAUUAGAAAGAAAGUAUUUUCUAUGGCUACUUCUUAAGAAAAAUUAAUAUUUUUAAAUUUAUUUAUUUUAUUUGUCCAAAGUUUGCACAAUUAAUCUAUAUAAACAAAAACAAAUAGUAUAUUAGAGAAAACAAAAAAUAUACUCUCUUUUUUUAUAAAAAAAAAAAAGGCUGCAAAACGCUUAACAAUGAUUAAACAGAUCUUGUUUUUAAAAUAUAAAGUAAAACAAUACAGUAUUGUCAUAUUGCUCUGAUGGGAUAUAUUCAUAUUUGUAUAAGUCAUGUAUAAUAUUUAUUGCAUUCCUUUAUUUUUUCAUUCUUUAUUAAGUAAAAUGUUUAAAUGUAAAUGUGUGAUAAAAAUUAAUUCUUAGUCGCGUAUAAUAAAUAUACAGAUUUCUAUACAAAAUCUCGUACUUUAUAGAAAUACAGAAAUUCUACAUUUGGUAGAAUAAAUAUUAUGUUGCAUUUUUCUUAGAUAAAUAUUCGUUAUAUUGUUCUGGAAUGCCUUUAAAAGUUUUUAUUUUAGCACGAAUUUGUUUCCAAGUUAACUGAUAAUAAUUCUUCUUAUCGCGUGCCAUAGCCUAGAUAAACAAUUUUCAUUUUAUAUUUUUUGACUUAUUCUUAUAAACAUUUGCAAUGAUGUAAUACAUACCUUAUAAUCUUCACCAUAUUUGUCUAAUAAAUAAGUGAUAAAAUGUA